GUUCCGACUUCCGCUCCGUCUGUCCCUUUCCUGUUCGGCGCGUGCGGUGGAGCCGGGGAUCGAGGCGGCCGGUCUCUCGUUUUCAUCGCAGACACUUCUACUGCAAAGAUGGUCAAUGUACCUAAAACCCGAAGGACUUUCUGUAAGAAAUGUGGCAAGCAUCAGCCUCACAAAGUGACCCAGUAUAAGAAGGGCAAGGAUUCCCUGUAUGCCCAAGGAAAGCGGCGCUACGACCGGAAGCAAAGCGGCUACGGUGGGCAGACCAAGCCAAUCUUUCGAAAGAAGGCCAAAACCACGAAGAAGAUUGUGCUCAGGCUUGAGUGUGUUGAGCCCAACUGCAGAUCCAAGAGGAUGCUGGCCAUUAAGAGAUGCAAGCAUUUUGAACUGGGAGGCGACAAGAAGAGGAAGGGCCAAGUGAUCCAGUUCUAAAACUUGUGUUCUCUGAGAGGAAAAUACUGAAGCAGUAGAGAAAUGACCUGCUAGAGAAUAAAGUUACUGUUAAUAGUAC